AUGAGUGGGUUCACAAAAAUUGUCGCUGUCUCCAUUGCACUUGUAGCGGAGACGACUGCCAUCAUUCAAGCGGCAGCCUCUCCUGAUCCCAACUCUGAGAUCAUGGCUGUUCGCAAUGAUUCUCUCGUGCUAGGUGAGAGUGCCCCUACCAUUACACAAGGAAGCGGACGCGCUGGGUCAGCGCUUGUAACGUUUGCUGGCUUGGCUGCCACACUUGCUAUGAUGUAUCUUGUUUUCCUGUGCGUCAACGCCCUCAAAUCCAAUAAGAAUUGGAAUCGUUAUUCACUUAAUAAGCGAAGACUUUCGGAAAGAGCUUCAGGUUCAUGCGGCGUAGGUCCUAGCUUGGAGAAUCUGGGUCCCUGUCUGGCAAAGGGCUGGAUCAAGGCGUUGAAACGCCAUGAGUUAGCGCGCUUCGGGCAAGUGAAAAUCUCAAAGUUUGAGUGGAACACAGGAACGUUCCCGUGA